UUAGGAAAGAAAUAAAAAUCCCGAGUUAUGUUCCCACCAACUUGUUUUGUUAUAAACCAAACUGCUGGUAAAAUGAAUAAGAUGUAACGUGCACGGUUCAGCAAUGUUAGCUAGCUUGUCAGGAAAUACAUAAUUAAAUAAGAUACCCGUUAAAGGACAUACUUUCAGGAUGCCAAGCAUCUUCUAGGAGGGGAUUACCAAACAUGAAAGCAGCAAGACAACGCGGUGAAACUAAGCAAACAUCGCUAACGUUACCGACCUGACAUUGAAUAUUGGGGAAAUAAGUGGAAAGUACAACAGCACGUUGAGGAGAACAGAUAGCUUUCUCACCAUGUGGGGAACAACCAAGAUGGCAUUUCACUAAACCGGCAGAAGAAACAACAGGUUGGAAGGUACGGAGGCAAGAGCAGCAACACAAAAGUUCCUUCUUUUGAUUCAACUAUAAUUCGGAAAAGGAAUACUCUUUUCAGUGCGUAGAAGAAAUCACUGAGAAUAAGAAGAGUAUCUAAGAACUUCCUGCACUUCUUCCCUUUGACUCUGACCCUCGACCUUUAGCUCUCACCAUGAGCAGUCUGUUAGUCAAGCUAGACCCUCGGAGGGUACAAUGGCGCUCGUCAUGGAACACCUUCACGUCGCGCGUCCUGAGAACCAAACCGGUGGAGUCCAUGUUGGAUUCAGCCACGACGGGCACCGGCGCACAUGGGACCAAACUGGCCCGGGUCUUAUCCACAGUGGACCUGGUGUCGCUGGGCGUGGGCAGCUGCGUCGGGACGGGGAUGUAUGUGGUCUCAGGACUGGUUGCCAAGGAGAUGGCCGGUCCGGGGGUCAUUGUGUCCUUCAUCAUCGCCGCUGUGGCCUCCAUACUGUCGGGAGUGUGUUACGCAGAGUUCGGCGUGCGGGUGCCUAAGACCACAGGUUCGGCCUACACCUACAGCUACGUGACGGUGGGCGAGUGCGUGGCGUUUUUCAUCGGCUGGAACUUGAUUUUAGAGUAUCUGAUCGGCACGGCCGCGGGGGCGUCGGCUCUCAGCAGCAUGGCGGACUCACUGGCCAAUCACACCAUAAGCAACUUUAUGAUCACACACAUCGGGACGCUCAAUGGUUUAGGUAAAGGGGAGCAGUCGUACCCGGACCUGCUGGCGCUGCUGAUAGCGCUGCUGGUGACGGUGAUCGUGGCUCUGGGAGUGAAGAACUCAGUGGGCUUCAACAACGUGCUGAACGUCAUCAACCUCAUAGUGUGGGUGUUCAUGAUGAUCGCCGGGCUGUUCUUUGUCAACGGAGAGAACUGGGACGAUGGGAGAUUCCUGCCCUUUGGCUGGUCUGGGGUGAUGCAGGGUGCAGCCACCUGCUUCUAUGCCUUCAUUGGAUUUGACAUUAUUGCUACAACAGGAGAAGAGGCCAAGAGUCCCAACACCUCCAUCCCCUACGCCAUCACUGCCUCACUUAUCACCUGCCUCACUGCCUACGUCUCUGUUUCUGUGAUCCUGACUCUGAUGGUGCCGUACAAUGAGAUUGACGCCGAUGCCCCGCUCAUGGAGAUGUUUGCCGUGCAUGGCUGUAUGUUCGCAAAGUAUAUUGUGGCGGUGGGCUCCAUAGCGGGACUCACUGUAUCCCUCCUGGGGUCCCUGUUCCCCAUGCCCAGGGUCAUCUAUGCCAUGGCAGGGGACGGCCUGCUGUUUAAGUUCCUGGCCAAUGUGUCUCCCUACACAGAGACCCCUGCUGUAGCGUGUGUGGUGUCGGGCUUUCUGGCUGCCCUGCUGUCUCUCCUGGUCAGCCUCAGAGACCUCAUAGAGAUGAUGUCCAUAGGAACCCUGCUGGCCUACACCCUGGUAAGCCUGUGUGUCCUCCUGCUGCGUUACCAACCUGAGAGCGACAUCCAUGGCUUUGUGAACUUCCUGUCUGAGGAGCAGAACAACAAGAGAAAGGAGGGCGUCCUGGCUGAGUGCGAGAAAGACGCCUGUUCGCCAACCAGCGCAGCAGAUGAGUUCGGAGGCGCGGACACGAACACCUGCGGAGCCAAAAACUUACCGUCGCUGGGGGAUAACGAGAUGCUGAUCGGCAAACCCGAUAAAAGCGCCUACACUGCCAGCCACCCAAACUACGGCACGGUGGACAUGACCACUGGCAUCGAAGCAGAAGAGACAGAGGGCGGGUUGUCCCGGCGGUUGAAGAAGCUUAUUGGACCACGCUACUACACCCUGAGGAUCCGAUUGGGCCUCCCGGGAAAGAUGGACAGGCCAACUCCAGCCACAGGGAAAACUGUCACCGUGUGUGUGCUGCUCCUCUUCAUCUCCAUCUUCGCCUUUUGCUCCUUAAUCAUCUUUGGAGCGAACAGUAUCGGGGAGGGUCGCUGGUGGGCUCUGAUGCUAUUAAUCUUCUUCAUCAUCUUCCUUGCCCUGCUCGUCAUCAUCAUCCUCCAGCAGCCGGAAAACCCAAAGCGGCUGCCCUACAUGGCGCCCUGUGUGCCCUUUGUACCUGCUUCAGCCAUGCUGGUCAACAUCUACCUCAUGCUCAAACUGUCCGCCAUCACCUGGAUACGAUUCUCUAUCUGGUGCAUCGUGGGUGUUUUAAUCUACUUUGGCUACGGCAUGUGGAACAGCACGCUGGAGAAAACGGCCCGAGAGAACGAGGUGCACGCCUCCACCUACCAGCGCUACGACCAAGGUGUUGACGAAGGCUUCUGCGGCUUCGACGAUGAUUUCUACCCACCUACCACUGACGCCUGGGGUGCGCCUGAGGGGGGAUCGGGACUCACCCCGCCCCCUGUGGCUAAGCCCGAAAUUGACGGGUCGCCAGCGAAAGGUGGAGGCAGGACCGUUGCCAAACACAACCUCGCCGAGGAGGAUCCGAUGGAUUUCUGAAGGGACUGACUCUGUGUUACCCUGAAUGUACUGCCUUGUCUGCUGCCUGGGGAAAGGGAGGGGGAACAGUAGUGUGAGCGCAUGAAUGAUUGUGUGUGUGUGUGUGUGCGUGCGUGCGUGUGUGCAUGCCUGCAUGUGGGUGUGGGUAUUUGUUUGUGUGGCUAACCCUUGGGCUAGAUAGUUUCUUGACAGUGGAACGACUUAUUAUUCAGUUUACUCAACCACGCUCCACCGCUCACACAGCAAAUGAGGACUUCAAGGUCAAAUGUCUUGUCACAUUCACUUGUUAUUCACCGGAGUCCACAGACCACACAAACUAAAGACAGAUAGGAAAGUGUCGACGUAGCAGGAGAUACAAUAUAUUGUGGUUCACUGCACUGUGGCAAGUUUAUUGGGCCAUCCAUUUACUGAACAUCUAGACAUGUACGGAAUAUAGGAGGGGACAAGGUGGUGAGGGAGGGACAGAUGAAUCAGCACCUCUCUUCCUGUUUCAAUGUAGACAGACAGGAAAGCUAAAUGACAGAAUGCCAAACUAUUUCCUAUGAACAGGUCUGACUUUCUCUGCUUGUUUCACAGGAAAACAGCUUCACAUGCUCUCAAAAACUCAACAAAACGUCUUAUGUCUGUCUUCAAUCAUUUCCCCUGCCCGUUUAUAUCUAGCCCAAGGGAUAAGAACUGGACUGGGACGAGGGUGUUGGUGUUUUCUGUCACAAAUAGUACUUGGACUUUGCUUGCAAUAGUGCCUUCAUCUUCUGUACGUGUAUGUGAGUUUCUUAUUAUGUCUGUUUUCUACUUUAAUUUUGCCUGUGUAUGUGUGAGGGUGUAUGUGCAAUCUAACUCCACCUUUUACAUUGAUGCUCGUGUGUGUGUGUGUGUGUGUGUGUGUGUGUGUGUGUGUGUGUGUGUGUGUGUGUGUGUGUGUAGAUAUAAAGUGAGGUUGUUUUACCGUGUAUGUGUAGGUAUUUGUUUAGUUCUUCCCACUCUUUACCCCAGCAUGAAGCUCAAAAUCAAACCGCCCGCCAGAAAUCAGCUCAUGGUGCAAUAUAACACGCAGUUCAUUGGUGUAUUUAAACCAGAGAGUAGAAAGAAGGAACACAGGUUGAAUCUUAAUUGACAACCUUCAUGGUUUAUUGUGAUGAAUGUCAUACUUGCUGUGUUUUUGCGUCUCCGCUGAUGCAGUUCUUGCUUUUUCCUAGGGCUGGGAAGGAUUUAAUUUUCAGUUCAUUCAAUUCAGGAAAUGGGUUUUAUAUAGAGCUUGCAGCUUUCCUCCUAGAGACGACAGCAAAUAUAGAGACUGUAGAAAAAUGCUUAUUAUUGAGAGAGGGGCGUCUGAGAAAUUGGAGGAUAUUUGUUUUUUUCUUUCGAUGAAAAGAGGGACGUUUGACAUUUUUUGUGGGAGCAUCUGAGGGUCACUUUUUUUUCUUCUGCCAAGUUACUGUUAUUUAAUUUUCCUGAGCAUAUUAAGUUAUUAGGAAAUUAAUAACGAUGAAUUAAUUACAUUUUUAUUUAAUAUUGGGGAUAGUUACUUCAGAUUUAAUCUUAGUCAAAAGGAAGGUCCAAUUAAGUAUUAAUUGGACUUUGGGUUUCAACCCCUUCCCCAAUACAGUCCCUAAAUCAGAGUGACUGUAUUGUAAAUACUUGGAGUAAAUUGGACAUUGACUGAACUGAAAUAUAAUCCCUCCUCUUCCUUCUCUCUCCUUUCUGAUCCCGUCUUUUGCUAUUAAAUAUCAUACAUUUGUGUAUUCUCUACUUCCACCACACCUUUGCUCUUCCAGCCCAACUCUUCCUCUUCAUCUGUUUGCCACCUCACCAUGCUCUUGAUAUUCAUCCGGCCAUGUCAGCAGGGAGUUUCCACUCUUAGUCACAAGUGAUGGAGCCGAGAUUGCUUUUCAGUCAGGAUGUGAACGGCAAUCUGUUCAUGCUCUGAUGAUAUAUUAGCUCUUGUUUCACCUCAGGGUGUCUGCUUUCUCCCUUCUGAUUUGUCACCGGAGGAUUUACUCCUGUCCUAGCCCCCGGUCUGAACUUGUCUAAGUGAACCUCCCUCUUCAUAGUGUUGUCCCUCUCUUUUCAUGUUACCUACACUUUUGCUGCACCCCGAAGACAUUUUGUGAAAAUCAAUCAAAUAUAAACAUUGUCCUUUAGAGCUCAGUGUGUAGGACAUUUAAGCUUUAGCUGCCAGGGUUGGGGGUUUGAUUCCAUACUAAGAAUGUAUGCACUCAUGGCACCGUGAGGGAUUUUGGCACACACCAAAUAGCAUACAGUUACGUUAUUAUGUUGAGGGCCGGGACAAAAACUGCUGCUGUAUGCCCAAAUUGUCCUUCUUGUACCUUUUCCUCUUGCCCCCUGUUGCUGCAUAUAUCCCUUCCAGGGAAGCCUUAUUUGUCUAAUGCACUAAAUCUAAGGAUGCCACGCUAAACCCCCACCCUACCUCUGCUCCUUUCACAUCUAUCCUCACUCCAAAAAACCUGUUCCUAUCAUGUAGUGAAAGCCCUUUGGUGUCGUCCUUUGAAAUUAUUGUAAUACCCGUACCCAAAAAACAGCCCAUUGUUCCCAGGAAUGACACUUUUAUUGGAUGAUUCUGCAGUUUUCUCAUGCAGGAAGUAGUGAGCGUUUCCAUUAUGUAGACGAACAUUAGGAUGAUAAGGUUGUAUGGUGAACUGAUUCACCCCUUCAUUUUUCAGGAUGGAACCAGAGUGCCCAUCAAACACCAAUCAUAGCCGUGGCCAAUAUUAAACUCAUGUCGAGUGUUUGCUUUCUAGAAAUUUGGGUGGUAUAGUGACUUGGACUGUGUUUACAUUCUAAAAUGGUGUAUAAUUUACAAACUCAACUAAAUUCCACUACAUGUAGGCCAACAAACAGAUCAGUAUUUCAUGUGCUGUAGGGACCUUCAUGUAGCGAAAUAAACAUUUAUGAAAAAACAAAAUAAAAAAGUACAUACUUUCCUUUGGUGUCUUUGUCAGAGAGAAUAAGAUUGCAUUUUUGGGGACUUGGACUCAUGACUAGUUUUUCUGAAACUUGUUAGUUGUAAAAUUGUAAUGCCUUCUUUUAUUGUAAACAUAUUCCUAACAGCCUAUUUGACCUUUACUGUAGACAGUUAGGCACAUCACCUGGAGGAAGGGAUUGUUAUGUGAAUGAAGUUUAUGUUUUGGCACAAAGAAACAUCAAGCUCAGUACAGCAGAGGAUUUGAGUGUUGUCCCAAAUACCUAAACCAUAACAUCACAUAGUUAUUUGUUGUUAUGGAUUUGGAUUGUAGAUAUCAAUAAGAAAAGAUGUUGCCAUUGAACAUAUUCUGAGGUUUUGCAGAAUUGUCCAAUAUUAAAGUUGUCUGUGGUUAUAGGGUUGGAAAAACAGCACUUACAAAAACAUUGGAACACUUUAUCUCACACAAUUUCAAGUAUAUAUUAGAUUAUAUUAUACUAUCCCCUCCACCCGGAUCACCUCAGCUAAGCUAAAACAAUCCAGAUGUUUUCAUUCAUAGCUCAGCCAAAACAAGGCAGCAAAUACAGGCGUUGCCACUUUGACACUGUACUGUACAGUCGACCUACCAUAGCCUAUUACCUUCUCUGUGAGUGAGUGCAAGUGUGUGAGUGCAUGUGCAGUGUGUGUACGUGUGUGAUCUAUGCCUGCGCCUCAAUGUGACCCUGUGGUGAAUGUGUAGCAUGCUUUCAUGCACGAGGCCCUGACCGUAAAUGUUGUACCUGCAUGUGGUGACGGAGCGCUGCGAGACAUAAUACAACACUAAACCAAAACCAAACGCAGGCCUACUUCUUACACCUGGGAAUGCUGGCCUCUCUGCUCUGAGAGGAUUUAACAGGUGUAAUACAAGCGAAUCCGCUUCAAAAACUUCAUUGUUCAAAACUCUUACCAGUGAGUGAACUGAACGCUGUUGUAUACAAUGCAGACUCUUAAAUUCAGAUUCAAACCCGAACCUUUUCUUUAUGUUACACCUCAAUAUCAUGUUUGAAUUCUACCGGCUAAGAAGAUUAUUUGCUCUAUUCUCUCCGAUUUAUUUAAGCUCUCACAGUAAUCUUCUCACAUAGAAAUGGGAACCAGGGCUCCUCCUGAAAAGGUAGUAGAAAAUGUAGCAAACAAACAGGUGUGACAAUGACACCUCUCAUCCUGCCUAAACCUUACAGUAUGCCUACUCUGUAUAUCCCUUUCUUUAACCACAACCUCUGCAAACCAAAGUCCACAAUAUUUGUUUACUGGUCACGUACAGGACACUUUAGCUUCUUCAGAGUAAACACUUACGAUACAACGUUUUUCUUGGUGGUCUACUAAUAAGCUAUACUUCAGUUUGUCACAAGGAGAUUUCUUCUUGUCACUGUCAACAGUGCAAUGAUCAUUUUUAAAACCGUAGUUGCUAAGUAUUUCAUUGAAAGUAUUAGUCUAGAUUUUAAUUGACUACAGCAGAUCAGUUUGUCCAAAAGUAAAAAAGUACAUAAAAGAAAAACAAUAUUUUUCUACAGCUGUUUCCCCAUCCACAGGUCCUCCACACAAAAAAAAGCUGGGUAGGCUAUCAUCAGCAUUCACCUUCUGCGUUUACGUUUGGUCAUUAGGAGGCCUGGGAGAAACUGCUAAAAUAUAUUUUUAACGAGUGUAGUCUGUAGUGAUAAGGCUCAUUUAUAAAUCUUAAUCCCUUCCAGUUCUUUUGAAGGGUU